UUUGCUUUGGACAUUAGUUGAUAUUCAACCUCUUGGGGAGAUUAUCUUUCUUUUUAAUAUUUCUCCGCCUACGUGAACCCCUUGUAUAUUACAAGCGUUUCCAUAACACCUCCAGUCAUCAGCGCAGAACCUCACGUGUCCCAUUGCGGCACUACGUCGCAUAGUCCUCAUUUGAUAUCUUCCUAGACAUUAAUCUAUAUAUGACGAAAAUGUUGGGUCUCGGGGUAUACGAUAGUAGUAGUGAGGAUGAGGUCGAGCACAAAAACCCCCUGACAUUGAAGCGCGAAGUUAAUCCACCUCAAAUCGAACCUACCCCAACACAAGAAAAUAAAGUAAACCAACAAGUGCCAGAUACACAGCCAGUCUCUCGAGAAACUGCCCUCGAUCCAGAACCCAGCGGUCCUGUCCUUGGGCCAUCGCACGAAGAAACCCAAAUUUCACAGUUAAUGGAUGGACAAUCGUCGUCGUCGCGCGCAUUGAUUCACGAUCUGACGCUCCCACCGGUACCGAAUCUAGACAUACCGCCAUCGCCUCCCGGGUCUCCAAAUCCUUCCGCAAAUGCAAAAUUUACACAUUUUCUAUCAUUAAAGAAACAGGACGUUCAUUUCAAUGAGAAGUUGGCUGAUUCAAUGUCACUCAAGAAUCCAAGUUUACUGAGGAAAAUGAUGGAACAUGCGGGUAUUGACGAACAGUCACAAUACAGCAGCUCAUUACCGCAUGACGUAUGGAAUAUAUCAAGCCUACCCAGCUGGGGUUACAAGGAAGAGCUCAUCAAAACACAGAGGGAACUAAACUCGAGAGCGGAGGAGAGAAGACAGGCUGGGCAGAGAGAUGCCAUUGAGUUUGUGACAGCGGAAUCCAGUCGGCCGGGAUCUACAUUAAAUUCGAAAUCAAGACCAAAGUAGCAUGAAUGACAAGUACCUCCUAGGUAUCUCUUUGACAAUCCAAGCUUGGGAGAAUAACGACUAAACAAAGCCAAAGUCCUCCCUCGGUUUCGCGAUAAUGUAGUCGUAAAAGGGUGAGCAGGGUGAAGAUUUCUACACAGUUAAAUCCCUGUUACAUCAAGAUGAUGACCA